AAACCCUAGUGUUAAAUAUAUCAAUAUUUCCAAUUGAUCGGUUUGUCAAGUAGAAUUUCCCCUUCCAAAUGGGAAAAAACUAAUCAAAUAUUUCCCAAUAAAAUCGCGAUUGACGGAAAAAUCUGACGAAAGAGAUUCGCAAUUUCAUUCCUUUCAUCAGCCCCCCGUUCACGUGAUGGGAUUUCCAAAGACAUUUCCAACAAUAAUUCGCAUUGAAAUCAUAAGGAUUCUGUCCAGGUUGUGCUGACGUACGAACUGAGGCUUCUGAAUCAUCCGCCCACGAUGUUAAGUCAAGAAUCCAGUUUUAUUUCUGUUUGUAUAUCACGAGAUCUCCUCUUCCUCCAGUGGAGGGAAAGGCGUUGAAAAUAACUGCUGUAAAGAACACAACAGCUUCUUCAAGGCCUUCAGGAAAAGCAAAAAGUCUUUGUUCAGUCCUCGAUUCGCUGUCUUUUAUCUUCGGCUUUUUUGACGGCGGAUGUUCGAGAUUUAUGGCACAUUUAGCCAUAAAAACCGUCAAUUUUCCUUCCCCAUUACCCUAGACUGAGGCGUUACGUUAUUGUGCAGAGUAAAAGUUGAACUCUCGCUCUUAAUACGAAGUGCAUUGGGGAAUGGUGGAUACUCCCAACGAAAAAGGAAUAGCUGGCAAUUCUCUGCCUUUCCUGGGUGAAUAGUACGUAUUUUACAAGAUACAAGAGUGAACGCUAUUUUUUUUUCUCUCUUUUUAUUUUAUUUUCAUUUCUCUCUCUUUCAACGGUCUCAUUACACAGGGGAAUCCCCCACGUAUGUACGUAAUAUUGUCCAUGGGUGAACCCUUUGUUUUCACCUCCGGGUUGUUAAUCGUUGCGCAACAGAACUACCAAGCCAACAACCAAUUAAACAAAUGUAUUGCGUGAUAUGUUAGAAGCUCUUCAUUUUUUUUUUAUUUCAACUUUGGGUUCUGUGAUGAUGGGAGACUUAGCUGGCGAGUGAUUGAUAUCUCGCGGUUGAUAUUCUUAGCCCAUGGGCUGGGGAAAAAUGUUAUGUUGGUGGAAAUAGCUUCUCAAUUUACAGAAAUUAUUCUCUGAUUUUUGGAAAUUUUUAAUUUAAUUUUCUCUGUCAUUAAUGAAUUGAUUGAAUUUUUAAAUCUAUCAAUUUUAUUGCUCAGCUCAUUUUCACCUAAUUAAUUAUAUUAUAUGGUUUAUAUAUGUUUUUUAAUCCUCACGUACGUGGAAUUUAUACGAAAAAAUGAUUCUCGUUAUGUAAUCAAUAUCUCAAAGGACUUGAGGGCGGGUAAUUGAAGGGAAAUUGAAGUAUAUUGAAUGGAGUCGCCAAUCCUUUGUUAGUAAAACAUCAUCUGUACAUUCCAUACGAUAAAACUGUACACAUUCCUCCACUUUCUCUUCAUUUCUUCCCCCAAUAUUUACCUCCCAACUAUUUAUUGCAUUGCCUACCUGGAGCCAACACCAUUAAUACAAAUUGCCUGGUUACAAACUAUUAUUUCCGGAAAUUACGUCAAUUAAAUCAAUCACCCGAAAUUACCUGAUUUCACAUGUUAUUCAGUUCCGUAAAAUGAGAGUUUUUAUUUAAUUGUCUUCAUAUGCCAGCUUUAUUACACCAUUACAUACAUGGUUUUUGUGGUCUGGACGACACAUAUAUCGUCUGGAGUAAUUAUCUAUCACGAUGAUUAACGUAUUUGCAAAAGUAGUGGAGAACAGCUGAUUUUUCCAAAUUUAUUCGGACUCUGAAUUUUUUUUAAAUCGAUUGGAAGUCAAUACUAUCUGUUAACAGAACGAAAUAUUGACGCAUGAAUGGACUCAUUGAUCUGUAAAGCAACAAACACCUAGAACCUAACAGGGAACAGAUGUUCAACCCUUCCGUGCGAUAAUACUAAUCCAGGUCAAGCUGGGAAAAUUUUUUAAAAUUGGAAUUAUGAUAACUCAGAUAGUCUUUGUUGACGUGCAAUAAAUAGUCUGAAAACGUAAAAAUAAUUGUGAAGAAAUAUUGCGAGGGAAAAAAAAAUGAGACGAUGGGGGAAAGUGAGUCAUGAAUUAACUGAACCGUGAAAGAAGUGAAUUGUUAAGACCACAGAACAUGUGCUGCCUCUUCAUAAUACAUUACAUCUUAUUUUUUAUAUGGGUUAUCAUAUCCAGAACAUCGACAACAAAUUGGAAAAAAUUAGUGUCUUAUUGUGACGACAUUGAUUUAAUACUCGAAUGAUUCCAUAAAUCCCCACAUUUCCCUGACUAAUACCUCGAUAUUAAAAACCAUAAACUGUUAAUGGUCUUUAAAAAAUAUCAAUAGACCCGAAAAAACGAUAUAAAAGAAAAUCUAUAAAAUAUAUUACGUAAAAUUUUAAUUUCUUCCUCAUUUACUCCGAUAAUCCAGACAUCGGCUGUUUUUAUCGAGGCAAAAGGGAAUGUGUCCUUGGUAUCCCGUGGUUACUCAUCGACCAAUUUCCAACACCAUUGUACAUUUCACAGUCAGCAGUGCCAAUAGACACGUGAAAGCAUUUUGCCCCAAAUUCCUGAUCCAUCGACACCAAACGAUCACUGACACCUUCAGGACGACAUCCAGGGGUGUUUCAACAAUGCUAUUUACGUUUCUAACAGCUAUUAGAGUUAUUAGGCCAGGAAUCCAUCGUUUAUCAACGGAAUUAGCAGCCGGACAUGCCCCCAAAGGCGAAGGUAAAAUAAAUUUGAUAAAGACGUGUGAAAGUGUCACUGCUGUCACUGCAUUCACGUGGAAUGCACUUUGGGGCUUUCUGUCGUCACUAAAAAUGGAUUAUCAUCAUUUCUCUCACGUGUUAACAAGAAUCAUAAUUACGAGUUAAUAAUUUCCGGGUGGAUUUAUUCAACAAUGGAGAACCCAGUGAGUACGAUUUUUUAACCAAUUAUUUAUCAUUAUUUUAGGCAUAAAAUGCAAUAAUGAACUAUUUACCGUAUUAUUUUAUGUUUUUUUGUCAUGACAAAUGGAGUAAUUCGAUGAGAUUUACGUAAGAAUCCUCACGCACGCAAGAACCUAACAACGGUAAAAGUAUUUUUUUUAUUAGAAAUUAAAAUUGUUCGUAAAAGUGAAAAUUUAUUAUUUAUCUUCGCAAUUGCUUGAGUAAUUCGAUUAAAAAUCAUACGGUGAGUCAGACUGUGAUCUCACUCCAAUAAUUUUCAAUGAUCAGAGGUGUGUGGACGUGUAGUUAUACUGUAAUCCGGUUUUUAAUGUUGAUAGAAGUGAGUAUAGGACAUUAUGGAGAUGCUGAGGUGGAGGUACACGUGAAGGAGGUAGAAAAACCCAACGGUAUUUUAGUGUGAGUCACUGGCCACAAGCUCACCAUCACCGUAACCUCGUUGUUUAAACAUUGUGACUUAACUAUGUAAUUGAUCUAUUCUUUUAAUUAUUUAGAUCAAUGCGUUGAACGCGAUUUGUUUAUCCCAUUGAAGAAAUGAAUGAGAAGGAAAUAAAAAUGAAAAGAAUAAUAAAUUGAUUGACUGGAUGAUAAUUAAUUAUUUUUUAGUGAAUUACUAAAUUAAUAAAUUGCUAUUAGCUUUUAAAUUACGAAUUGAAAUUUGUAAAAAAAUAUUUUUUACAUC